CAAGGACAUGUACACGUCAUGCUCUAUUGAGGCUUUCACGUGAGUAUGAUUUAAACAUGAUUUAAAUUCACCUGGUUCAUUUAAACACAAACAAAUGGGGAAUAAAUCUUAAGUGAAGAACAGGAAAAGCAAGAAUAUAUGAGUUUCUUCCCUUUUACCGAUCCCACCUUAAUUUCUCUUAAUAAGUGAAUAACCAAAUAGAAACCUCGGACAUCUACUACUCCAGUGAUUCUCAAAACUUCCUAAUGCCGCGACCCUUAAAUACAGUUAGACCCAAAGGGGUCGUCGACCCACAGGUUGAGAACCGCUGUACUAGACAAAGUUGUGAUGGAAUUCUCUGCAGUCUUUAUUUUUUUUAGCGGAUGGAUUCUUUCAGUCGAAACUCAGAACGUCCUUGACAUUGUCUUUUGUCGUUAUUCAGGCUUUCACGUAGCAUGUUUAUACUGUAUCAUUCACACGGUGUGAACAAAGUCUGUACCAUAGUAUACAUUUUAUGUCGUAGACUGUACCAUAGUAUACAUUUUAUGUCGUAGACUGUACCAUAGUAUACAUUUUAUGUUGGUAGUCUGUACCAUAGUAUACAUUUUAUGUCAUAGUCUGUACCAUAGUAUACGUUUUAUGUUGGUAGUCUCAACUAUAGUAUACAUUUUAGGUCGUAGUCUGUACCAUAGUAUACAUUUUAUGUCGUAGUCUGUACCAAAGUAUACAUUUUAUGUUAGUCUGUACCAUAGUAUACAUUUUAUGUCGUAGUCUGUACCAUAGUAUACAUUUUAUGUUGUUAAUCUGUACCAUAGUAUAAUUUAAUGUUGUAGUCUGUACCAAAGCAUACAUUAUAUGUUGUAGUCUGUACCAAAGCAUACAUUAUAUGUUGUAGUCUGUACCAAAGCAUACAUUAUAUGUUGUAGUCUGUACCAAAGCAUACAUUAUAUGUUGUAGUCUGUACCAAAGCAUACAUUAUAUGUUGUAGUCUGUACCAAAGCAUACAUUAUAUGUUGUAGUCUGUACCAAAGCAUACAUUAUAUGUUGUAGUCUGUACCAAAGCAUACAUUAUAUGUUGUAGUCUGUACCAAAGCAUACAUUAUAUGUUGUAGUCUGUACCAAAGCAUACAUUAUAUGUUGUAGUCUGUACCAAAGCAUACAUUAUAUGUUGUAGUCUGUACCAAAGCAUACAUUAUAUGUUGUAAUCUUUCGAAUCGCUAAAUCUUUUCGUUUGAAUACAGUUGAAGGGCUCAAGGGAAAAACCAGUGAUGUCAGGCCGUGAUGUCAGGCCGUGAUGUCAGGCCGUGAUGUCAGGCCGUGAUGUCAGGCCGUGAUGUCAGGCCGUGAUGUCAGGCCGUGAUGUCAGGCCGUGAUGUCAGGCCGUGAUGUCAGGCCGUGAUGUCAGGCCGUGAUGUCAGGCCGUGAUGUCAGGCCGUGAUGUCAGGCCGUGAUGUCAGGCCGUGAUGUCAGGCCGUGAUGUCAGGCCGUGAUGUCAGGUUUUGAGAGUUUUGAGAAAAUUGAAUUUAAAGUUUGAAAAUUCCUCAUAAAAGUAUGAAAAUAUCAAGAUGUCUACGUAUUUAUUUAUUGACUACGCUGCUUUUUCAGUUGGACCAAUGUAUCAUAUUAUUCUAUUAAAUGGAAUGUAGCCACAAGGGAGAUAACAUAGAAAUUUUGAAAAACUGACAUCACUGGUUUUUCCCUUGAACCCUUCAGUUGAUUUCUGGUAUAACACAGGAUUUCAAUGACCUACCUACUAGUGUUGCUGGUCUUUAAAUGAUUGACUUUGUCCUUGUUUUUCGCAUUGGGGAUUUUGAGCAGUAGGCGGUUUUCUUGUCGAUGUUGUUGUCGUAGAUGGUGCUUUCGUUGUUGUCAUGUUGUAGAUUUAAAUAGAUUCCACACCCCCCACAGACAAAGGCCCCGUGAGGAAUAUCCAGAAAAAGUCUACUUCAAGUUCGUCUUCAACACGCCAAUGUUCAGGGAGAUCCACGACCAGGCUGUCAACGUCUUGUUUCAGGUAACUAUUCUUUUAUAGAUGUAGAUAUAUAGAUAUAUAUGAUAGAUGUUCUUCUUCUAUUUGAGGGCCCAUGAUCAUUUUGUUGAUCAUUCUGGCUCCUGGUUCGAAUUCAGAGUUUGCCUUCUCUUAGAUGCGCUGCCGUCCAUGGCUGACAAGUCCCAUCCACCCGGGAUGCUGACUUUGGUGGGGAUUGAACUCCAGACCACCAGCUAUUUGGUUUGAGACAGUUUAUACCUCUCGGCCACCCAGGCCGGCCACCCAUCUCGGCCACCCAGCUCGGAAACCUCGCUUGGCAACCCUGUUUAUAAAUGUUAUAAAUAAUUUAAAUGACAAUCAUAUAUUUAAAGAAUGUCAUUACAUGACAAUCUCUAAGAUUACUGUGCAAAGAACACAUUUUUCCCUCUCCCCUUCUUACCCCCUAGUCGUUGUUUGUGAAAGACUCCCCCACUCUUCAAGAACAACAAUCGAUUUAAAAAUAGUGUGAUUUUAUGCUUUUAUCUUAUUUUGACUACAAAAUUUAAAAAAAAAAAAAGCGAUUGCUCAUCUGUUCUGGCGAUAAUUUUGUCGCAUCCAUUUUGUGAGUGUCACAUUGACAUAUCCUAACUCACAAGUGUACGGAUGAACUUAUCAUGAAAUUAUAUCACAUUGACAUAUCCUAACUCACAAUUGUACAUAUAAAUUAUCAUGAAAUUAUACCACAUCGACAUAUCCUAACUCACAAGUGUACAUAUAAAUUAUCAUGAAAUUAUAUCACAUUGACAUAUCCUAACUCACAAUUAUCAUGAACGGAUCUCUUUCCCCCAGGAGCCACCACGCAUAACCAAGUCAGGGUACACAACUCUGAACGUCGGCGACCUCUAUCUCAUCAUAGACAACGCAGCCUCAAGCACGGGUAAUUGUUGGGUUACCGGAAAUUUGUUUGAAAGAAAUUUAGUCCGAGGAUAAUUGAUCGGUGGACGUUUGGUCGAACGGAAAUUUGAUCGAAUAUUUUUUUCAGUUCACACGAUCAAAUUUUUCUCUCCCUGCACAACCAGGCCAUACCCUGCACAACCAGGCCAUACCAUGCACAACCAGGCGAUACCCUGAAAUUCACGGCAUACCGCAAUCAAAUUAAUUUAUGAAAAGUCCAACAUAUAUAUAUAUAUAUAUAUAUAUAUAUAUAUAUAUAUAUAUAUAUAUUUAAAAUGUCUUUUUAAAAGUGUUAAAAUAUUUUGUAUUUAAAGUUUUAACAAUUGUGUUAAAUUCAUUUGAGCGAGUGAUCUUUCCUGUUUUUAUGUGUUAAAUUAAUAUAUAAAAAAUCCAACAUAUAUAUAUAUAUAUAUAUAUAUAUACAUAUAUAUAUAUAUAUAAUUAAAAUGGCUUCUUAAAAGUGUUAGAAUAUUUUGAAUUCAAAGUUUUAACAAUUGUGUUAAAUUCAUUUGAGCGAGUGAUCUUGCCUGGUUUUAUGUGUCUUAAGUAUGGAGUUGUUUAAACACAGUAUUUCCAACAGAUGUCUUGUUUGAGACAGAAGAUACGAACUUAACAAAAACACAAAUAGCACACUCAAGUACACAAAAGUUGAUGACGUCAUAGCAUGCAUUUACUAAUAUCGUUUAUCUGAUUCAAACAUUUUUCUCUUUCCUGUUUAAUCGCAGUUACCAGCUCAACGUGGAUGACCUCAACAAUAUCGUCAACACCAACCAGCAUUGAGCUAACCACAACGCCAGCGCCGACUACCCCGGUU